UUUGGGUCUUAUCUUUCCCACCAAGCUCGAGCAAGGUCGACGCAAGCAACCGAGCCCUCUCAUGGACGGUGACGGAGCAUCGGUCAGCAUGCCCCUCCGCAACGUCGACAGCGUCAAGCCCGACGGCGUGUACCUCUCGCCCGUCGAGAAGGCGCGCAUCCUCACACUGCUGGCCAACAUCCAAGCGGAAGUUGCAGUGCAAGAGAAGCGUCUCCAAGAGCAAGCGCAUCUCCUCGACUACCAGCAGCGCGAACUCGUGACACUGCGCAAGGCCAAUGGCAAGGUCGAUGUCGCGCUGAGCCCAAAGGCGCUCAAGGACAUGCCCGACUUGGAGCCACACGAAGAGAGCGACUGCGCGUCUACCAUCUCAGAGCCUGCGCCAGAGCCGAGCCCGACCCUUUCCGAGCCGAGAUCGAGCGUCGUGCUCACGAUUGCUGACAUCCACGAGGAGCUUGAGAGGUUUCCGAACGACCUGCCGCUGCGCAAGCACGUCGAGUGGCUCUGCGACCAUGUCGCCAACAACGCCGCAUCGUCCAUGCAGCGUCGGAUUUCACUGCCCAACAUCAAGGCGCUGCAGCUUGUCCUUGCCAAGCUCAUGGACCAAGCCACGUCCACGGCGUCGUACGUCGACCAGCUUCGUCGCACGGACGACCCGUCGAUCGAGAUGGCAGCACAAAGCAAGCCCUCGACAAAAGAAACCGCUACCAGUGGUGUUCCUGCCCAGUACGAAGCGCUUACUGCAUCCCACAAGGCGCUUCAAGCCGCGUACAGUGACCUACAAGCCCGGUACGACCAUGCGUGCAGUCGUCACGCGGCAAGCUUGGAGGCUGCUGAGACGCAACUCAUGUCAUUGCACGAGCAAGAGACAACGAGAUCAUUUACUCGCAAUGCCAUCACUGUCGACUUGGAGGUGGCGCAAGCCGACGCGUCGGUCGCUCGGCGCCAGCUCGUCGACGUCGAAGCGCAGCUCAGCUCGAUGACGGACAAUGCGCGUACGUUGCAAGCGCACUGUGGAGAGCUCGAGGCGUACAUCGAGUACUUGACGGCGACGCUUGAGACGUCACAGGCCGACCAAGACCGCGUUUUGCACAAGCAGCGCGAGACCGUCGAGGCGCUGGAAGACACGAUCGCGCAGCUUCGUGCUGCGCAUGCGGCCACGAUGGCCUCCCUCGAGCACGAUAAGGCGCGCUGGAGGCGCGAGGCAGCCUCACCCACUGCCCUCCUUGGACGACUCAAGACCCAAGUCACGGCGCUGCAGCGCGACGUUACGGCGCUCAAGGCGGAGAAUGUUCGACUGCGCGACGAGGGCAUCGGCAAAGCAAGCGAGCUUGCGGCGACGGUAGCGUGGCAGGCAACCAUGAAGGAUCUCGUAGCCAAGGUCGAGGUCGUGAACGCCGGCCUCUUGGACGACUGCCGCGACGCCAAGGCCCGCAUCGAGGUGCUUGAAAGCGAGAAGGCGGAGCUCCAAGCGAAAAUGCACGCACCUCGUUACGACGUCCACGCCGCCCAAGACGAGUGUGCUACUAGUCCGCGAUCGACGCCAUCGAUGGAGACGCUCGAGCGACUACAGUCGGUCGAGGCCAAGUACAAGCGAGCGCGCCAUCUCUACGGCAUGCUCAAGUCGAGCUUUGGUCGCCUCCAAGCGAGCCACGACAUGCAGAGCCGCGAGCUCGACCGGCUCCGGGAUCUCCUCCGCACACGCGACAACCAGCAUGAACCCGAAAACGAAGCGCUUCUGCCCCAUGACACGAAAGAAGGCACGAGCAUCCACACGCUGCAUGACAUGGUAAGCGCUCGGCUUCUCGAGUUCAAGUCGGCCCUCGACCAGCUUCGGCGGCGUCCGGACGCCCCCGAGCACGCACCACUGCAGCACUUUCUCGCAGUCGAAAAUGUCUUUUUGUCGGCCCUCCGCGGACGCCUUCUGUUACUAACUUAACUUUUUUGGAUGCUUUAAAACAUUUAUAUAUCUAUAUUUUCGACAAAGACAAA